AUGUUCCGUAACAGGCGCAACUCGCAGAAGCCCAACGAGGAGUUGAUCCAGCGAUUUCAGAAAAAUUUCUCUGAUGUCGUCUCUCCGUUGUCCAGUAUGAACGCUGCCGCGGCGCUCGGUGGCAAUCCUCAAAUGGGCCACCAUGUACCCUCCUCGAAAUUCUCCAUGGAAACGGACAUGAAAAUGGAUUCCUCGUUUCAGGGCCAUCACCCACAAGAUGCACAGUUCAUGGCUCCUAUGGUCGACUCAAACGCCGUCCACUUCAUUGAUCCUCUCAACCAACACCAUGGGUAUUAUACUCCAAAUUCCGGAAACCUCAGUGCUGGACAUCACAGCUCGGCCGGUGACCUCCAUACGCCUGGGAUGGGGUUGAGCAUGAUUACUCCCCUUUCGCUCUCCCAGCAGGGCCAUAUUCCGACCAACAGUGCAGGAAUGCCUCUUGAUCCGUUCAGCCAGCAGUUCAUCUCCUCCCAUUAUCAAAACCCGCAACAUUUUGCACCGCAGGUGUCGUUCGCACCUAAUGAAUUUGUCCACGGUGAUAUGGGCGAUAUGGGCGAUAUGGGUUUUGAGGCGGUAGAUGAAGCCCUGGACGAAGUGUCUAUAAAUGAUGUGGAUAUACAGGGGUUCUCACAUUCACAUAUGGCCCCAGCUAUGCGGGGCCCCGAACAGCAGGAGUUGCAACCCCCGGAUGAAAAUUUCCGGUACAAUGUUACACUCCGAGCACCAACAGCGAUGAUUAACCACCAAAACGAGAUUCCCGUCACGUACCUCAACAAAGGUCAAGCUUACACCCUGUCCGUUGUCGAUACCGCACCGCCGCAAUCAAACCCCAACAAGCCAGCCAGAUACAGAACCUAUGUCCGCGUGUCUUUCCAAGAUGACGAACAGAGAGCGAAGCCUUCGGCUUGCUGGCAACUCUGGAAGGAAGGACGUGGGACAAGUGAAGCUCACCACAGGGGAGGAAAGCUGCAGGCCGUUGAGUUCGUGGACCCCGCUCAAGGAAAUCUCGACGACCAAAAGAACAAGCAGAUCCAACUUGAGAAUGCAUCGUUCGACGGGUUCUGCGUUACAUGGACCGCCAACCAAGCCUCCAAGGCAUCGGACUGUGCCAUAUCUGUUCGAUUUAACUUUUUGUCGACCGAUUUCAGUCAUUCCAAGGGCGUCAAGGGUAUCCCUGUUAGAUUAUGUGCGAAGACGGAAUUGGUCGAUGGGGACUCUACCCGAGAUUCUACUAGGGAGUCGGAAGUGUGCUAUUGCAAAGUGAAGCUUUUCCGUGACCAUGGUGCCGAACGGAAACUGUCCAACGAUAUUGCACACGUCAAGAAGACCAUCGAGAAGCUACGCCAGCAGAUUCAACAAAAUGAGAUGGGAGCAGGAAACUUCGGUAAGCGAAAGCGUGGCAGCAACGGGGUUGCUUUCAAGGGUUCAGACCAACGUCCCUCGAAGAUGUUCAAGCACAAGCGCACGCUAUCUAUGAGCUCGCAAGAUGGCAAUAGUAAGACGAGCGUUGCCGAUGACUUGCACGAAAAGCUUGCACUCCUGCAGGAUAUGUUCUCCUCGACCAGGCCUGUUAGUAUCCUCGGCCUUCGAGGUGACGAGCAGGAUGACCCGGACUUGUAUCCCGUACAGCUCCCGGAAAACCGCGAAUUCGCUAAGAAGGAAUUCCCUGGUGGCCGCCAGUUCAGCCUUGACAAAAACGCCUUGCAAGAGGUUUCACCCACCACUAGCCAUAUGUCAAUCAACUCGCCAUUGAACCCUCCCAACACCAUGCAGGCGAGUUUAUUCAGUGAAUCCCAGUUCUCGCGGCAGUCGUCUGAAACUCCCGAUAACAAGGGGUUUUUAAAGCACCCUGUCAAAGUCCAGAGGCUUCCUUCUGGAAAUGGAGGCACGCCCAUGGGUCAUAUUGAAGCUGUGGACAUUGAUCCCACUUAUAGACCGCCAGCAGAACGGCAACCUAGGCCGAUUGCUUGCUUCUAUGUUCGAUUUCCGAAGAAUGAUCAGCACCAGGACGAUUAUUACCGAGCCGUCUAUCUUACCGAGCGCACAGUCCGUGACCUGAUGGAGAAGAUCUCUGUGAAACAACGGAUAGACCCCCAGCGUAUUAUGCGCGUGCUCCUCGUCAAAGAGAACGGACUCAGAAUCAUGGUCGACGAUGAUGUGGUCCGCGAACUUCCCGAUGGGCAAGACAUGGUGGCUGAGAUUUCGGAGGCAUCGACAUUCGAUGCUGCGGAUACGCCCUCCCUAGUCGAAGUCAAGCUGAGAUACUAA